UCCUGAACUUUCACUUCUUUUUUCUACCCGGACCAACGCCCUUUUUGAUCUAGCACGCCCCGGACCCAAACUAACCCCGCGAAGGAAAUACGCCGCCGGCGAAAAAUCUCCGGCUCCACCGCCGCAUCCCCGUUUGCCUCCGGCCAUGUCUACCUCCUCCUCUCAGCCUACCUCCGCCAGCGUAGGAACGCCACCACCACGCACAUCCACCAGAAACCAUGAGAAAAUCGAGGUCUCCUUGUGGGGCCUGCGCGGCCGCCGCUCCCCUCCGAUCCCUUCCUGAGCUGCGCCUCACACCCUCCUCCCUUGCGAUGGACCUCCGCAUCUUCCACUGCGAGAACCCCCCUCCGGCGGAAUGGAUCUACCGGAAGGUGUCGCCGUGUUGGUGACACAGCCGGAUGCCGCUGGUGAUCCCCGGUCGACCCAUCCGUCCUCUACAGUGAUCUCCAGCUCCUGCUGCUCCUCCUCGGUCCUCAUCAAGAUCACAUGGCGGGUUGAUGUUGUUGAUGGCUACAUCACUGCUUCAAAUUAUUUUUUUAUUAGAAAAGGAAAGUAACGGCAUCAGUAUCAUCAUUGCUUUCAUAUGGAAUUUGUGAGCCUUGGAUCAUCAUUCUAGCUUUUGUCAAUCAGCUGCAUUCUUCGUCUUGUACUGGUGGGUCCUUUUGUCAUCAUCAUCUCUGUUAGGAUCCAUUAUAAUUGCUUUGUUUUUACCUGGUCAACUGUUUCUCUUGCGGAUGUCUACCUACACCACUUCAAGUGUAGUGUAGCUUUCUAACACAUGGAUAUGACUAGUUAUCAGGCACUACGUCGUUUUUAAUUUGUUACAGAUAAUAUAACUGAUUGCAUAAUUAAUUUCCCUUGGAUCCUCAGGUGGGUUAAUGUAGGAAGAUUUUUUUUUCUUUGUACCUAGUUGAGUUUUACUAGCCAAUAUAAUAAUGUGAAAAACCAAGAUAAGAACAAACGUUGCAGCCUGGUCCACUAUGUGUUUAUUUGCUGUUUUCACUGGAUGCUGUUACAGGUGAUAAGAGAAGGAUGCUGAGGAUGUUACUUAAAGCAUGGAAAUAAAAAUUGAUCUCACUUGAGGCUCGUCCGUUGGGUAAGCUCCUUCGAUGUUUCAAGUCUUCAAAGUGUGGAAUUUUCAUGCCUGUUACUGUUAUAGGAGGCAUACAGAGGAUACCCAUGGGUGUGCUGACUUCUGAGUUUGUAGUGUAGUGCACUACAUCUGUCACAGGCUCUGAUGAAGUGAGGUUAUAGAGGAAUAAGGUCAUGUCGGGGGACAAAAAUCAACAACCUAACGCGUCCUGACUUUCUGUCAUGAUGAGAUCACAUCUAGACUAUUGUUUGGAAAAGGAAGCUUCCAUCUACAUACUACACUGCCACACAGGUCAAGUCAAGGACGUGUUUACAUUUGAUCCAUUCAAACAUGAAACCAAAUUUCAUUAGCAUUUCUAUGUGAAUGCCUGGCCGGCGUCCGUCCUUCCUCAAAUAUUUCCACUGACGCAUUGCAACUAGCUGUCUUGCUCGCAUGGCGGUUGCCUCCAUGUGGCGCCGAGCAUGGAUUAAGUCGAGAGUGUUUUCUUCUGCAACGCAGAGAGCCGGCGGUGAUGUCGAUGGAGGAGGCGGUUCGCUGCAGCCUACCUAUUGUGGGAGCAGCUCUUCAGCUUCAGGUACCACCUACACCACCACCACUGUCACCGUGUCAUUCGAUUCAGCCGGAGGAGAAAGGUCUCGUCCUUUCAAUUCAUCCAUGCUUCUAUCCACGGCGCCGGUCGUGGAUGAGAACGUGGAGGAACUCGAUGUGGCCAAAGUAAUCGAGGAAGGUAGGGUGAGGAAGCUCAAGCAUCUCAUGGUCCUAGUCGUGGAAUUCCGCGGGGGUAAUAAUCUCGCUGCCUUGGAGAAGUGGCUUUCGGAGCUGGAUGUCAGCUGGGUUCUCCACGAAUUCAAAAUCGAUGAAUCUGCAGGGAGCAUCCGUAUGUGGAGGCAGUUCAGUUUUUUUGCAGAGAGUUGGAUCCUGGCUCUACAAGAUAUCAAUGAAUCCGUCUCUAGAUGCUUUGAUGUAACGAGCAGGAAGCCACUUGCUUCCGAGUUUGUACUUCUUGUUGAAACAGCAGUGUUGAAGAUGCUCCCUUUCGUUGAUGCCAUUAUUGCUGCUGCCGUGAGAACCAGCGAUCGACCGGAGGCAAUAGCUGCAGCUGCAGCUCAGAAACUCCAAGUACUGAUAGACGUGAGUGAUGCUCUUUCCAUGGCCUCAGAAGAAAUCCUCCCAUUAUUGUCCUCUUCCUCACCCUGCAUAGACUCUACUGAUGAUGGUAUUGGUAUGAUGAGGGAGCACCUGUCAACAGAGCUCGCCAAACUGGAUGAGGCCAUAUGGGACACAAUGGUUGACAUGAGGGCUGGUACCUUGGUGUGGAUGGAAGACAAUGGCCGCUGCGGCCACCCUUGCGGUUCAAGCGACAUUCACAAGGUCACACAUUCUAUAAUAAGCUACACCGAGGUGCUCUGGGCCAAUUACGGGUCACUGAAUUGCAUUUUGGAUGGCGCAUAUAUCCGUGGUGAAUUUAAGCCUCACAAUCAAAGUGUUAGCCAUCUGGCCAACCUGAUCAUGGAGACGGUCUGUUCGAUAGAAGAUAAGCUUGCCAGGAAGUCGCAGUCUUGGUUCCCAGAUGAGAGCCUCUGGUUCCUAUUCUUGAUCAACAAUGCCUGCUUCAUGUUGCAGAAACUUCAGAGGAUUUGGCGCUUGGCAGGCUUCCCCGUGCCCAUCCUCACCCUCAGAAUUGACGACUACAUAAAUGGUUACCUCAUUGUGUCUUGGGUACCUGUGUUGAGAUGCUUGUGUGAUCCUGCUACACUUUGUUGCUUCGCUAGAACGUCAUCACCUCUGAAACAAUUCGAAUCAACAUUCCAUAAGACUUGCGCCAUGCAAAAGCUCUGGAAGGUGCCAGACCCUAAUAUGAAGAAAAGGAUUCGGAAAGCCAUAGUUGAGAAAGUCAUCCCGGUCUUGACACAAUUCUUGGAGGAUAACAGCAUCAGCGCACCUCCAGGAGUCACUCCCAAGAAGCUAGAAGAGAUGUUGGGUGAGUUAUUUGAAGGCUGAACUAGUGCACCAUAGAAGAAAAGUUGCCAUAAGUAGAUAAGAGCAGUUAGUAGCUCUGAUUUCGUGUCCUUUUUUGUUGGUAAUAAAUGUUUGUUCCUUUGAAUGAGCUAAACUUCUGAAACUAUGUGUGAAGCAAAAGAAAAUCUACAACACUGCAAGUUUGUUGAUGUUGUACAAUAGUUGGCGUUUUAGAAGGUCCAGCUGGGACCUGCUUUUGAUCCUUCGCCUUGUGCUGACAUACAUCAUUUGGUCUUCUAUAUUUGGAAUGGAUUUGUUUCAUGUA